GUCGCGGCGCCUUCUCAGACGCGUUUUGCGUGCGUCGCGCGACGCAGGUUCUUUCGUUAACAGGUGUCAAAAUGAAGUGCGCGCGAGUGUGAUAAACGAUUCGAUUCUGCUUCGAGUCCUGAAGAAGCUCGUCGAGCACGUCGUCGAAUUCGCUCUUCGAAGCCCGAUAAAAAAUCAGUCGCAACCAUCUCGCGGAGUUAUCAGUGCGUGAUAAUAAUGAUAAUCGCAUCUACUUAAUCGAUUACGUGAAAGUGAAUUCGAGUCGAUUGUACGUGUCGCAUGCAAGGCUAUUUGAUAUUUUCGUCGACGUGAGUUUGCCUCACGGACUUUGAACGACACGUCCUUAUCAAAAAUAAAAUAUCUUAAAAUUGGCACGUGAUCGCACGUGAGAUAUCCCAUCUCCCAAAAUAGUCUAUUUAAAAUUAAAAUCAAAUUCAAUUGCGAUAAAUUUUUUUUAGGGCUUUAUUAAGAGCAAUCUAAAAAUUUGUAGAAAAUAAUUAAACGCAGAAUGGAAUAAAAAAAAAGUAACUUGCGGUGUGAAACUUUCGUUCUCCUUGAGAUAAAAAGAAAACGGUACCAUCUUUCUCGCGAAUACGUUGAUCUACAUUUCGCUGGAAACUCGGUGCUCAUUUAAAUAGAAUAGUCAUGAGAGUGCAAGUAGCACCUUUCUCAGGGAAAGAUUUCGUCGGUAUAACAAACACGCUUUGUUAAGACACUUCGGAGAAAUGGAAGGGGAGGGGGGGGGGAUCCUUAAUAAGGAGAAUCUUCUAUUUCUUUCUGUUCCGAUGACCUGUAAAUAUUUUUGUUCCUAUAACACGCGCUACGAUUUUCCCUAAAUAAUACUUUCCUUGUGAUAAUUUUCCGCUUAGUAUCGCGAUAGCGUGAAAGUUCCGCGAAAAGGCCACGUUAAUUACGCACUUAUUCCAUUCCCGUUAAUUACGCAUUACGAGAUCCUUAAUUAAUGAGUUAUUACGUCGAAUAACUCUACGUUUCUGCGAAAUAUCAUACAAUGGACUGUUAUUAAAAAUUCUUCUUGAAUCUUAUUUACUUAAAAAAAAUAAAUUGAAUAGGCAAAAUUAUAGAUCUAGACGACUUUGUACAUUAAUAUUACAUGCGGCAUUUCGCGAAUACGUGUUGGCACAGCAGGCGAGAAACGUGACACGGAAUGACACCGAUCGUUUCGACCUUGAUAGUCGACGUUGCACCUCGCGCUUAUGCACAUCCGUUUAUAAGUAACCGUUACUACGACGCCGGCACUUAAUGUUCAAACCGACAUAGAAGAAGUCGAACGUGACGUUUAAAUAAACGAUGGCGAGUCAUCGGCCGAUGGCAAUAAUAAAUCGUGUUUCUGUUUGCGCGCGCGCUUUCCCGAAGCCACAAGCAUGUUGCUCAACGACGUAUCACGCUUUCCAUUCUCCUGCUCGCGUGUUAUCGCGCAAUUAAUUCCGCGAGGAUGAUAAUCGGAAAAUCGAAUUUUGAGUAACAUCCCGACGCGGCGAUGCGCUCAUCGAUUUUAUCUCCCUCAGGAAACUCAGCAUUGAUAAACAGCUCGACUCGUAAUCUCUGAUAACGAAGUACAGAGCUGAUUAAGAGACACCUGGGAAAGGAAAGUGUUCGCGACGUUAAACGGUAAACGUUGUCGUGCAAGUUGGAGGCGCUGCAAUUUUUCGCGGACCAUUUCAUAUUUCGCGCAUCAUGCUUACGCGAUGAAUGAGAUGGGAAGCAGGACGAUGUUGCCGCGCGUCGCGGAUCUGGAGCGGAGUGUUCAGUGGACCAGCCUGGCGAACGACAUCGACGACCUGGAGAAACGUCGGGCCGACGACAGGCCGGUGAUCCGUACGAUCGAGAGACAUACCUAUCAACGAGGUUCUAUGCCGGAAAUCCAACGGGCGUGUACAGUCCGUUGCGACGAUGAUCGCAACGUCCGGUCCGAUCUUUCGCAAAAAGAUGCGGACAACUAUCCGGAGAACUGCCGGUGGAGUUGGAAGCCGAGAACGGACUUUGAGCGGGAAUACUUCUACAAGGAUUACAAGGACUAUUAUUUGGGUGCGCGCUUCGAACCCGCCGUCUAUGAGAUCCCCGCGGAUCAAAGUUAUCUGCAAGAAGAGGCGCGAUGUUCCUAUGGAAGUCCCGCAGCGCGUUCCUCCUCGUCGGCGCGUCGUCCCGUGGGACUCGAGAAGGAGCAUUUCAGCGACAGUAGGGAUCGGUUGCACGAGAUUUUCGAACACAAUCGCUAUCUCCGGCGACAGUUCUUCGCCGACACGACGGGAAACGCACGACGAGACGGGUUGCAUUCCAGGACCCUCGGCAGGAGCAAUCAGACGUCCAGGCGCUGCACCGGGUUCGGCAGCACCGAGACGCUCACCAGCCAGAGCAAUCAAUCGUCCAUGAGUAGUAUAAACGACCGAAAGUCUCGGGCGACGCGUACUCCAGAGGAGGAGGAAGAGGAGGACGCAUUGGUCGAGAUUGCCAGGAGGAACAACGUCGUCCCGCGUAGGAAAUUUAAUAUCAAUUCGUCUCGAGUGGAUGGCGAAAGAGACGGCAAGGUGCUCGUCAACAUUCUACCUGGAAACGAGAUAAGACACGUCGAUGUGAGAAACGUACCGGCUGUUAAUGUUGAAGAAGCGAAUAACGAAGGGAACGAGGGCUCGCCGAUUGUCGAGGUGACUCAAAACGAGAUUGAUCUCAGAGCGUGGCGCCGAAACAGGCACCUGCCUGAGUAUAUCUUUGGUGGAGACACAAAGAUCGAUUCUCGACGGGACGAAAUCUCGCCAAGCCGUUACAACGAAAAUCAUCCUCGCUCGGCGCGAGGCAAGGCGGAGCGAAACUGGAAUCGGCUCUCGCAAAACGAGAUCUGUCCUUGGAAGAUUUCUGAGGGCGAACGAUUGGAGUGCGUUCCGGCGAAUGUCGGGUCGAGAAACGACGGAUGGACACGCCGGGAUCUCUGCAAAUCCCUGCCGAAUCUAACGAUCCAGAAGCAGAAUCUCGACGCUCCACUCUACGUCGCGCGAGCGGUCAAUGUUCCUGAGGAACGAUCCUCGUCGGACGAUUACGCGCUUGAUUCUCAUAUCGCAAGAUCGGGUCACGGGUCAAGCCAAUGCCGAGAGCAACGAUCGGGACAACGCGAGGGUCCGACACGCCCGAUCGGCCGCGGACAAUCGAUAUCUGAGGCGACGACUGUCUCGCUCGAGCGUUUGACCCCACGAAGCAAAAUGAAGACGAGGGUGCCACCUCCUCCCCCGUUAGACCUCAGCAUGGUGAACGAACAGUGCGAACGCAUGGAGGCGGACGAGAGGAGAUAUCUGAACGAUUACAGCGUCGACGUGUCUAUUCUUCGCAGCCACGAGGAUCUCGCGAAAGAUCUGCUGAUCGUCGCUGAAAACGAACGGUGGGGUCGCGUCAAGAGCGUCGUCGGUAACGAUAUGAGGAUUGACGACAAAGGUGCGCCUCGAUAUGAUCGAUCUUGCGAAAGAAACGACGGAAGGCGAACAUCAUUCCCGCGCAAAUCUUGCGGGGAUCUCUCGUUGGCCGAUGAUCUCCGGUCAUCGCAGCUCAUCAAAGAUUGCAAGAACUUCACGAACGAUCCGCGGAUGACGGUAGAUCCUGCCAGGAUGCACAGACAUCCGAUUGACCCUGAUGCCUCCCGCCGUGACCGCCGAGCCAACCCUUUGUUCGAUGAGACGAGUCCGAUUGGCGGACUUCACGCCGCCGGAAGCACGCUUCGCUCUACGGUCUACGGACCGAUUCCGUACAGUCAGUAA